GAUGAGAUUGUAUGAAUGAAAGUUGCUGUGUCUCAUUGGUCGAGCUUAGUAACCGGAAAGGCUGCAGGAAGGUGCUCGUGUGGGCGUGUCCCAGACUGCGGUGGUUUCAGAGCAUCCGCAAGGGAAGGACUCCGCUGUAGGACCCAGACCCGUUAUCCUUCUCGGUGUUCAGGCUGGGCUGGAGCCAUGAUCCACAUCCUUCUGGGUCCGCUGCUGCUCUCGGUACACGUUCUGUCUCAGAACGACUUUAACCUGGCCGAUGCUGUAGAUGACAGUCGUAAACUAGCCACGAGUACUGUCCCACCUGGAAAGCCACGUCACCCUGCAGCCGGAGGAACUGGGGAUGACUUUAAUCUUGCUGAUGCUUUAGACCCAAAAAACGACAUCAGUGUCCAGAAUAACAAGAAGAAGGCUGGAGGUGCCUUUUCUGACAGCGACCUGGUAGAAGUGAGCAAAGAUGAUUCCUACAACCCCGAUGGAGGAAAAGGGGGGCGGUCAAAGGGUGACUCCAGUCCGACUAACCAGCAUGAUGAAGGCACUGGGGCCUCAGGAGAGGUGGUCACCAUCACAGGAAUAAUUAGUGCUGCUGCCAUGGUGCUGGUUGGAGGCAUCGGCAGCUACAUCAGCUAUCAGAAGAAGAAGUUCUGCUUCAGCUUACAGCAGAGCCUUAACGUCGACCUGAUGAAGACUGAGAACCCCGAAGCUGUUGUUGCAACAGAACCACACGCACAACAGACUCUUCUGGAGCCAGCGAACACGGAGCCUCCUGCCAAAGGGAACGUUGUGUAGCACGCAGCUAAAGGCUCCUAGUGCUCAUGGAGUAUUCAGACCCACACUGCAUAACAGGAGACUAGCUGCUAUAGCCUGUAGCUUAGCAUUGUAGCGUCCACAUUUUUACUUUUAUAGGUAUGAUGACAUCAUACUGUUAUUGAAUUAUUAUCUCUGGUAAGCAUGUAUUUAUACUGUUAUUUAUUUACUGUUUUUGUGCACCGGUUUCACCCGAAACUCACGGAGAUCCGGUUUGUGAAGGAUGACAGAAAUGUGAAAACGCUGCAUGUAGAUUUCAGAUAUUGGGUCUGACCCAGAUGGUUCGAAGUUCCUAGGUCAGAUGCUCUUUGUGCCAACUCGUCUGAAAUCAGCUUCCUCCUCUCAGCCUAACUGCAUUAGGUUGCAUGGUGAUGAUGCGGUGUAGUUUUCCCGGUGUCUGCCCUGUUCAGGAUGUGCCUUGCUGCUUUCAGGACCACAACUGCUACCAGCUGCGUGCCGCUCUGGCUACAGAACCACACCUCUAACCUCUGACCCAGUAAAUGCUGUUUGUUUAGUCGGUGAAGUGGCUUUUGUCUUAUUACUGAGUCAGAGCGAACCACUCUACCCUAGAAAUUUAAUUUUGAAUUUGUUCAUCUUUCAUGACCUAAUCAGGCAUCACCAGUGUUGUUUUGUGGGGAAAAACUGUCCUCAUGUACUCAGACCUGUGAACAGUGUGCCCCGCUGCUCCUCGCCCUUCAGAGGACCUGUGGGGUUUGGAGAACCAGCUAGCACUCAAAGCCCAGCUGCGUUCCACUUGGUCUCACUCUGCUCAACUUCAUCUGCUUCUGCUGCGGUUCCAGGGAACCGCUGAAAUAAACUGUUUCGAAAAACAAA